AAAAAAAGGAGGAAAAAAAAAAAAAGGUUGUAUUUGAAGGUGAAGGAUGCCGGGACGCGGCCCGGGGGCUCCCGCCGCGGCAGCGCCGUAGCGGCGCGGUCUGGCCGAGGUCGCUCCCCGCAGAGCCUUUUUCUUGCCCGCCGGCGAUUGAUGGAAUGAUGUUGCGGGAAAGGCAGAGCGGUGGUGCCGGGCUGAGUCGGGACUGCGCGGGAGGCGGCGGCGGCGCGGCGGCGAGCGGCAUGCGAGGGCCCCCCCGGCGCUAUGGCUAGCGGCGGCUCGGGCACGGCCAGCAGCGAGGUGUCCGGCGGCGCCGUCCCCAGCGGCUCCCUGCAGAGGAAGAAGCUCGUCUCCAUCUGCGACCACUGCAAGAUCAAGAUGCAACUGGUGGCCGAUCUGCUGCUGCUGUCGAGCGAGACCAGGCCGGUGAACACCGAGAGCCUGUCCGUCUUUGGCGAGUCCUUCGAGAAGUGCAGGGACACGAUCAUCGCCAGGACCAAAGGACUCUCCAUCUUGACCCACGACGUCCAGAGCCAGCUCAACAUGGGGCGCUUCGGGGAGGUGGGCGAAAGCCUGAUGGAGAUGGGCGAGCUGGUGGUCUCGUUGACCGAAUGCUCUGCCCACGCCGCCUACCUGGCUGCGGUGGAGACUCCGGGCGCCCAGCCCGCCAUGCCCGGCUUGGUGGAUCGCUACAAGGUGACGCGAUGUAGGCAUGAGGUGGAGCACGGCUGCGGGGUCUUGAAGACCACCCCUUUGGCGGAUAUGAGCCCUCAGCUGCUGCUGGAGGUCUCUCAGAACAUGUCCAAGAACUUGAAAUUCCUGACAGACGCCUGCGUGCUGGCCAGUGAGAAAUCCAAGGAUAAAUUCGCUAAGGAGCAGUUCAAACUCAGUGUCAAAUGUAUGAGCACCAGCGCCUCUGCCCUCCUGGCGUGCGUCAAGGAAGUCAAGACUUCACCCAGCGAGCUGACCAGGAACCGAUGCGUCUUGUUCAGUGGACCUUUGGUGCAGUCUGUCUACGCUCUGGUGGGCUUUGCCACUGAGCCCCAGUUUUUGGGUAAAGCUGCCACCAUUAAUCCAGAGGGCAAAGCUGUGCAAACUGCCAUCCUAGGAGGAGCCAUGAGCGUGGUAUCCGCUUGUGUGCUCCUGACCCAAUGCCUCAGGGAUAUAGCCCAACACCCCGAAAGUAGCACCAAAAUGAGCGAUUACAGGGAAAGGUUGAGGAACUCAGCUUGCGCCGUCUCGGAUGGUUGCAACCUGUUAUCUCAGGCACUAAGAGAAAGAUCUUCACCCAGGACUUUACCGCCAGUGAACUCCAAUUCUGUGAAUUAACCCCCACAUCUUCUGUUUAGAUUCCAGUUAUUGCUAAAGGAAAAUAAUAUCCCACCUCCUCACCCCAUUUUUGUAUACCAAAGAAUUUGCUUGGAUGAGCCCAAUCCUUUGAUUCCAUGUGGUGAAGAAGCAGAACAGCGUAUUCAAACUAUACAUACUAAUAAAGGUAGCCAGUUUUGGCUUCAUUUUAUUUUACCUUAAAGUCAAGCAAGUAUCUCCAGAUAAAUUUUCCUUUAUUCACCAAGGUCUUCACACAAAUGGUAAUAACUGUUUAAAAAGUUUUUUUAUAUUUGGGGAGGUGGGGGUAUCUUAAAAAAAAAAAAAAGAAAAAAAAAAAGCUUUAAUCGCGCUGGGUGCGGUUUUUAAAGUUUGUCUUGUCUUGUCUUCCAAAAUUUCCCUUCUAAAUUUUACUGUUCGGUUGUGCAGGAAAAAGGUUACCUCAGUUCUCACUCAUUUAAAAAAACAAAAAGUACCAACAACACAUAGAUGAUGGAUGUAGCUACUAUUUUGUUUGGUUUUGUUUUGUAUGACUUUAUUUUUUAUUUUGCAUCAAGUGUUAGGUUAGAAGUGCAUUCGGUGUGUAGGAGUGGAAGGACUGGAGGUUGUGAUGAUGUUUUCCAUGUGUUGAUUUCCAAACUGGGGGAGAAGCUACUGUGAGUGUUUAAACAAACAAACAAAAAGUUACACUAUAACAAAAGUGAUUUUUAAUUUUUUUUUUUUCCAAUGUCAGUUUUUAUCUUGCAUGUACUGGAGUAUUUAUUUCAUCUAUUAAAAUGUUAUGUUUCUCAGAUGUCUUUCUGUGGAUCUCUUAAUACUUGAAUAAUUGAACAACUAAGCCUGUUUGCAUUGUAUGUCAUUUUCCCCAGAGGAUGGGUGGUACAAAUGGAACUGUAGUUCUAGACAGCAGCGUACAGGCUGCGAUUCACUUCUUUCAUUCUCAUAAUUCCUGUCCCUCCCGCAAUACCACCCCUCCCUCUCAGGACACUCCUGAUAGAGAUCCUCUGUGGUUGUAUUAAUGGAAAGCUGGACAGUGUGGCACGCGUUGGGAUUGCUCUGCCGGCUGCGGCAGCAGGGCAUGGGCUGGCUCUGUUUGUCUUUAUCAGCAUUCUGUGUUAUCUUUGGGAAGCUUGUGUAUUUUAACUCUUGCAGGUGUUUGUGGGCCAUCUGUGUUAAAUUCGUGAGUUUCCAUAUUAAUUUCUUAAGGGUAUUUUGGAAGCUGCUGGAUAGCCUUGCUUGUUCUGUGUGGCUGCUUGGUGCAAAGGUUUGCCGGAGUGGGGCCUUGGAUUCCUCAGAGGUUUGCGUUGGAGCUCCUCAGUAUGGAUUUCUGUCAAAGUAGUUUGAGUCUGAUGUUGCAGAUAAUGGGAAAGGUUAGCCAACUUUCGAGGCGCAGUCCACCUCCAGCUGAAUCCUUGGGAAUUUUCAGUGGACCUUAGGGAACGCUGUAGUAAUUCUCGUAAUUGCAAUGAUGACUUUUUUUCAGCCUGGUCUUUGUUGGGCCUUUGGGGUUUGUUCUCUUGUGUAUGUUUCAUGAAAGGUGAAUAGAAGCGCAGGUCUUCUGGCCAGGAGGCUUCGUCUGUCUGCCCACCUACACUGCCUCAUAGGUCUGCAAACUCAACAAUGUUGAAAGGGUUGGGAGAAUGCACGUUUAGAGUGUUGUUACCAUGGCUUAAACCUUUACUGUACCACUAUUGUCGUAUUUAUUCCUUUGAAGAAGUAAACCUUUUGCGUUUGGAUAUGGAACAGUCCUGGAAUGGUGAAAAGCCUUUUUUAGGAUUAUUGCUUUUCAUGCACGUGAUGCUUUUGCUUAAUUUCAAAGGGGAGCGAAAUAUUACUGGAUAAUGGACAAAUACAUCUUGUUGAAGGAGAUAUAAGCUAAGCUUCUAUGUAUCUCUGUCUUCAAGGUUAGGAAAAAAUAAUUCUUUGACUUAAGUACAGUGAACCCCACCAUUAGGUUUCAUUUAUUUUUCAAAUGAGACUUUUCUGGCUUAAGUGAAUAGCACGAUUAGGAGUUUUCUUAGUGAAAAAUCAGUCCAAACUAUGUUCCUCUGGGGUAUGGUUUUCUCCCUGCGUUCUCUCCGAUAUGCUAUAAGCCUGGCAGUAUGCGCUGCAGGGACAUGGGUGUCCGCAUCCAUGGAGUAUAGUAUAAAAGUUCUCUCACUAUGUCCCCAUAAAUUAAUAAAUAACUACACACGCCGUUCUAACUUUGGCUUCGAUGCAUCCACAGGUUUUUCCUCAGAGGCUGUCUCACAUAUGCGAACACACACGUUUUCCCAUCUGGAUGGCAGGAACAGCUGUAGGACUCCAGAGGGAUUCAUAGGAGGCCAAGGCCAUCUACAGGGAGGUCCUGUGCCUCUGUAGUGUUUGUCUGCUUAGCUAUCCCUUGCAUCUCCCUCCCUUGUAGCAUGGCUCCAUGGAAGCUGAGAUAGCAUCCUGACUUACUCUUCCUUCUUUUCCGCAGUUGCACUGAGGGGAAGGAGGAAAAAGGGAUUCUAGCAAACGUAAUGCUUUCAGGAUGUGCUAUCUUCUGUGGCUGCAGACAGGAGGUGAGGCAGGGGCUCCACCCUUCCUUUGCAGGGAUCCUCCGUGGUGCAGAGCUUCGUGUGGGACGUGUGGAGGUUGUGCGUUGGAGGCUGCAGGGCAGCGCUGCCUGCGGAGGGUGCAGCUCCUGGGGUGGCAUCCUUUAGCUCCCGUCUUUUUAAGUUACUGUGACCUACAUUUGUGAGACCUGCUUCCAGAGAUAAGCCAGAGGAUUCUGAAGGGCAGCUCUGCAGCGUGUCUGACAAAAAAAGAAGUAAUGUCCCAUUGGUUCUUUUGAUGUUUCUGCUUAAUAAUUUUUGGUGCUGCUGAACUAAUUAGAUUAUUUUUGAUUCAUUUAUACGUUAUUGAGGUUAUAUGAACUACAGUGCAGCCUCCUUAUUACCUCCGCAUAUGAAAGGCAAUGUAUUAUUAAUGAUGAUAGUGCCAAUUUUUGUUGUGGUAAAAUUUUGUUUUAAGUGGUGUAGUGCAAAUUUUGUUUUUAACAAGGGCUCUGCAGAUUCUUCCCCCCUUUUUGAUUAUAUUUUGAAGUACAUGCGUACAUAUAUAUAAAUAAAUAUGUGACUUCUUUUUCCUUUUUUUAACACUGAAGGAAAAUAAACUACUCUAGAUCUCCCUUCGCUUUUGAGGUGUGUGGGUUUUGGGGGGCAUUCAGUUUUAUAAAAUAAAACAUGAAAUGUAGCCAGGCCAUGAUUUUGGUUAGCAGGUUGAUUAAAAAAUAAAUUAAAAAAAAAUAUAUAGACAAAUAGUAAAAUCACCAAAGUAACUUCCUGUAACACUUUAAAAUAACAGUAAUUUUAACACUUCAAAGCGUUCAAUCAUUUCUUUCCA